CUCAGAAUUCUUCCUCAUGGGCCUCUCAGAUGAUCCAGAACUGCAGCCCCUCCUCUUUGUCCUGUUCCUGUCCAUGUACCUGGUCACCGUGUUGGGGAACCUGCUCAUCAUCCUGGCUGUCACCUGUGACUCCCACCUCCACACCCCCAUGUACUUCUUCCUCUCCAAUCUGUCCUUGGCUGACAUCGGUUUCAUCUCCACCACCGUCCCCAAGAUGAUUGUGGGCAUCCAAACUCACAGCAGAGUCAUCUCCUAUGAAGGUUGCCUGACUCAGAUGUGUAUUUUUAUCAUUUUUGUAUGUAUGGAUGACAUGGUUCUGACCGUGAUGGCCUAUGACAGGUUUGUGGCCAUCUGUCAUCCACUGCACUACCUGGUCAUCAUGAAU